AGGGCGGGUGACAGUGAGUGACCAUGGUUUGGUCGUGGUUCGAGUAACAGUGGUGAGGGCUCGAACUCCAACCGGAGCUGCUACCAGCUGCACCGCAGGAUUCAGCGGGGGCCCGAGGUUCGAAUGCUCGGCACUUCGAUGGCGUGAGCGAGGGAGGCUUUGAAUCGGGAAUCGUCUCUUGCUCGAGCAGCGGUGUUCUCCUGAUACGAGCGAGGAUUUUUCGACCGAUGGCCGGGGAGAAUCAAAAUUCGGGGAAAAGUAAUAAGAGGAAGAAGCGGCACGCCAAGUAUUUGCAACAUGGUGGGAAAAAGUCGACCAUUUCAUCAGGAGUGCAAGGUUUCCUCAUAACUUGUGUAGGCGGGAAGGAGCGUCAAAGCAUCAAGGAAGCAAUCAGUCUUCUAGACCAGUUCUUCGAGAAAGCCGAAGUUCGGACCUCGUCCGAGCCCGCUAAACCCUCCACCCUCAUCGCGGAGGCUGGAGAAUCUCUAGAGAAUGAAGCAAAGGCUGUGGAAUCGAAGGAGGAGUCGACUACCACUGAAGCAGAUGCGGUAGCCGAACCCGGGGUCGACGAUGAAGAGGAAGGCGACGCAUCCGAUGGUGAUGGUGAUGGUGAAGACGAAGAUGAGUCCGAAGACGAUGCCGGUGAAACUCUCGGGUGGGUCAAGUCCAGACGGCUUGAUGAAUCUGGCAAGGCACAAGCGUCUGCCAGAGCAGCAGCUGAUCCACAAAAGCAAGGGAGCGACCAACCCAAGGGAAGCGCAGCAGCAACUAAAACCGUGAAAGAUGCCAGCAGGAGCUUUGAUGAACUUCUCGCAGACGAACUCAGCGAGUUGCGGGACAAAAAGAAGGCUCGAUUUGUAGGCUAUGAAACCGGCUGCAAUGGUGUCAUCUUCGUUCGCAUGCACGUGAAAAAGGGCGUUGUCGAAUCCAAAGGGCCGAUGGAACUUGCUGAAGCAAUAGUACGUGAUGCCGCCUCAACCAAGCAGUCGAAAACGAGGCACUGCAUGAGGCUGUUGCCAGUCGAGCUGACGUGCUAUGCUUCUACAGCCGAGAUGCUCAAAGUAGCAGAGCCUCUCAUACAGCGACAUUUUCCAGCUGAUCAACCGUCCAUCAAGUUUGCUGUCGUUUGUGAAGCGCGGGCGAACACGAACUUGAAGAAAAUGGACUUCAUCAAUGCAAUCGCGAAGCUAGUCCCAGAGCCCCAUUCUGUAGAUUUGAGUAACCCUCAGAAGACCAUCCUCGUGCAAGUUGUGAAGACGGCGUGUGCGAUUGGAGUCGUACAAGAUUUCAAGGAGCUAGCGAAAUACAACCUUCGACAAUUGACUACGCCAGACGUCAAAUCUGCAGGAAGAGCUCCUGCCGAGUAGUGCUCGGAUCCUAUUGUGAAUUUACACUCGUUCUUCUAGGUCGAAGACUGAAGGAUCCUCAGAGCAUGGAGCGCAUCAUGAUCAUCAGAUCAUGCUCCUGUCAUUAGCCAAGUGCACGUUCAUACCCAACCAACCAUCAAAAAAACUGAUGGAUGAAUGCGAAGAAACGAAGAAGUUCCACAUGUCGGCAGCGAUGGAAAGCUUUCGUCCGAUAAGUUUUGUCCGGAAGAUGGAUUAUGACUAGUUGGCGCUUUUGCAGUUUUGCUCUCUAACUGCUUUUCGUACACUUGUACACCGUCGUCGUAUUUGUUGCCAAACAAGAAUAAGAAGAAUGUGUUUCACAAAUAUAGACUUGGGCGUUUAUGCUGCGGGACGGCCCCGGGACUCUAUGGGGUCAACCCCAUUCAAUUUUGGUUCUACUAUCGUGCCCCGAGUGGCGAAAAGGCCUUCACGGAUGGUGAAAGGACUGUUAGUAAAAUGUCUCUCACUAACUUGAAUGCUUUCCGUACUCUUAUAGAUCUCAUAGUACGUACAGCUCGUGUUGAUUAUCCUUCCACACACUCCGAGAUAACUCUGCUUUUACUGAGGAUGACUGAUAUUGGCUUACUCUGGACCUCAUCUUUUGAUUGUGAAGGGAGGAAACUGACUAGCUUGUCCGAAUUGUUUGCGGUGGUCUUCAGCGCUAAAGUAGAGAAGAGAACUAUUGGUUUGUGUUACGUGAAUGUCUAAUCUUCGUAAUGGGAUCAUCAAAGUUGCGCGUUUUGUGAAAUACAUGUAAUCGUUCAACAAAUAAAAAAAAAUGGCUUUGAAUGCGCGCAUCUUUCCUCAGUGGCCGAGGUAUGCUCGCGUUGCAGUG